CCGCCUCGGCGGCGGCGCGCGCGGGGAAGAAAGCCCAGAACCCUAGCCCCUCCCGCCGCCGACGAGCAGCGGCGCGCGAGAAGAACGGCCGGCGAGAUGGGGCGGGACAAAGCGCGGAGGCUCUCCGGCAGCCGCCACUUCCGGCAGAGGGUGGUGCUGGCGACGCUGACGUCGACCGCCAUCACCAUCGACGACAUCCGCUCCGGCGGCGCCGCGCCGGGCCUCCGCCCCCACGAGGUCUCCCUCCUCCACCUCCUCCACAAGAUCUCCGACCACCACUCCCUCGACCUCAACGAGACAGGGACGAAGCUGAGGUACAAGCCGGGGGUGAUCGUCGGCGGGAGGGACCUCGAGCACGACUGCGGGGUGCACCGGGGGAUCGGCUACUUCCUUGAGCCGCUUAUACUGCUUGGGCUCUUCGCCAGGGCGCCCAUCUCCAUUCGGCUCAAAGGAAUUACUAAUGAUACAAAGGACCCUUCUGUGGAUACUUUCCGAAUGGUUACCUUGCAUAUGCUCAAACAAUUCGGUGUUCCUCUGGAGGGAUUGGAGUUAAAGAUUGAAAGCCGGGGAGCUCCUCCUCUUGGUGGUGGUGAAGUGUUUCUUCGAGUUCCCAACAUAAAGAGCACAUUAAAGGCAGCUAACUGGGCUGAUGAAGGUAUGGUCAAGAGGAUAAGAGGUGUAUCAUUUUCAACUAGAGUAUCUCCACAAAUUGAAAACCGCAUCAUUUAUGCUGCACGUGGGAUCUUCAAUCGCUUUAUUCCGGAUGUUCAUAUAUUCACUGAUCAUAGAUCUGGUUCUGCUGGUGGCAGGUCAGCAGGCUAUGGCGUAUCUGUAGUUGCUGAGACUACCACAGGCUGCCUGCUCUCUGCAGAUGCUACUGUAAGUUAUCCUAAUGUUGAUGAAAUGAAUGAGGAAUCUGAGAAUUUGGAGCUAACAUCUCCAGAGGAUCUUGGUGUUCAAGUUGCAUCGAUGUUGCUAGAAGAAGUUGCUCAAGGGGGAGUUGUUGACUCAGCACAUCAGGGCCUUCUGUUUAUUCUAUGUGCUCUAAGCCCACCUGAUGUGUCAAAGGUUCGUGUUGGUCAGUUGACACCAUACGCUAUCGAAACACUUCGCAACAUACGGGAUUUCCUUGAUGUCAAGUUCAUUAUCAAGCCUGAUCCAAAUUCAAAUACUGUUACAUUGAAAUGUGUUGGUGCUGGAGUGAAGAAUCUUGCUCGGAAGACUUCGUGAACAACAGGAUGAUGAAUCCCAUCAAAGGAUGGAUGAGUGCAGCAAGAACACUGGGUCUCCUGUAAGCUCUGUUUGUAACUGCAAAGCAACAAGUUGAGAGGUUUCAUUUGCUGCCUGGGCUAAAAUUUUGUCGAAGUGCGUGGUAUAUGUCAUAGGUAGAUUUGACCCAAGCAUUUUAUACCUGCUGGGAUUUGUCUGAUCAUACCAUCAUGUCUUGUCACACUUUUGUAUCUCCUUUAUCUAAUACGGCGAUGCCAUUGAGAUUGGGCUUUAAGUUAAUUGAAAUACUAGUAUAAUGGAGAAAUAUUGCUGUUUA